AUGGAUAUCGCUUUAGAAAUUUGGGAUACCUUCAUCGGGGAUCGUCUCUAUUCAUCCCUACUUCCAACAUCACUUCCCUCCACAAUCUCCUUCUCUGGCUUCCCUACCGCUGCCAAUACUACUCUGUCGCUGUUUGGCGCAUCCAAGCCUUUUGUCUAUGAACCUGCCACUCAAAUAUUGUAUCUGGAGCCCUCCAAAUAUGCCUACCUGAGCGCCUGGCCUCGAAACAACAUCUAUCGACAAUUCCUGAGCUUUUUCCUGAUUGUCUGGAUUUUCGGCAUCAUCGUCUACUUCAUCUCGGCAACCCUGUCCUAUAUCUUCAUCUGGGAUAAGACCACGGUCAACCACCCGAAAUUCCUCAAGAAUCAAAUCCCUUUGGAAAUUGCUCAAACAAUGCGCUCAAUGCCCAUCAUGUCCCUACUCACUGCCCCUUUCUUGGUUGCCGAAGUCCGCGGAUACGCCAAACUCUACGAUACCUUCUCGGAGGAGCCCUUCCCCUACUACAGCAUUCUCCAGUUCCCGAUCUUCAUUAUCUUCACUGAUUUCUUCAUCUACUGGAUUCAUCGUGGCCUGCACCACCCUCUGAUCUACAAGACUCUUCACAAGCCUCAUCACAAGUGGAUCAUGCCUAGCCCAUUCGCCUCGCAUGCCUUCCACCCCAUCGACGGCUGGUCUCAGAGCGUUCCUUAUCACGUAUUCCCCUUCAUUUUCCCGCUCCAGAAGGUGGCCUACGUCAUCCUCUUCGGCUUCAUCAACAUCUGGACCGUUAUGAUCCACGACGGUGAAUAUGUUGCGAACAGCCCUAUCGUCAAUGGAGCUGCCUGCCACACAAUGCACCAUCUGUACUUUAACUACAACUACGGUCAAUUCACGACGCUUUGGGAUCGCCUGGGAGGAAGCUACCGCAAGCCUAAUGAGGAGCUUUUCCGUCGCGAGACAAAGAUGGACCAGGAGGAAUGGAAGAGACAGACCAAGGAAAUGGAGACCAUCCUCAAGACCGUGGAGGGUGAUGAUGACCGCAAGUACCUGGCUGAUGAGAGUACCAAGAAGAACCUGUGA